CUGAGGAGAGGCUCUUCCAAGAUAGUCUGGGACAGUGGCCAAGUAGAUGUCUAAGACGCUGGGCCUCAGGGAUUUGGGACCCGCCUGCCCCAGGCUCCUGCCAGCCAAGACCCUGUCCCACUCCGAAGAGGUGGGGGUGUGGAGAUUAACCAGAAAGGCUGUUUCUUCCUGCCCUCACGGAAAGGCAGAUUUGGGGCAUUUGAGCCCACACCGAGACUAGAACCCACCUUCUCAGACCUUCCCAGAGAGUUGCCUGUGGGGAUUCUCAGAGAUUAGUCCCCACUUGGAGACAGCGCUCCCUGAGGCGCCAGGGCGGAGCUGAGCUCCAGAUGUCCCGGCGCGCACAGCUGGAGGGUCACGUGGCAGCGGCCCCGGCCCCCCUUCCUGCCAACGCUGCAUUUGGCCCAGGCCCGGUUCAUGGCUGCCCUUGGGACCCUGCGCUGAGCCCCGGAGCCCUGGCGUCCGGGGCCGCGCCGCUCCCAAGGGACGAGAGGGGCGGGGGCGUGAGCCACGCGGACAUGAGGCGGAGGCUGCGCCUACGCGGGGACGCGUCGAUCACGCUUCUCCUUGGCACCGCCCUCGGCCUCCUGCUCUACACACAGCGCGAGGGCGCGACCCCGACGACCAACGCACCCCGAGCGCAAGGGAAGGUAGAGGCAGCGCCUACUCCGGGACUCCGAGUCUUCCAGGCACGGGACGCGGACGCAGCCCCAGCCCCAGCCCCUCUGGUCUACGAAGGGGACACACCGGAGCCGCCCACACCCACGGGACCCUUUGACUUUGGCCGCUACCUACGCGCCAAGGACCAGCGGCGCUUCCCCUUGCUCAUUAAUCAGCCGCACAAAUGCCGAGGAGAUGGCGCACCUGAAGGUGGACCUGACUUGCUCAUCGCCGUCAAGUCAGUGGCGGCGGACUUCGAGCGGCGCCAGGCCGUGCGCCAGACGUGGGGUGCUGAGGGCCGUGUGCAGGGGGCGCUCGUGCGCCGCGUGUUCUUGCUGGGCGUGCCCAGAAGCACGGGCACUGACAGGGCAGACGCCGAGGGGGAGGGCACGCGAACCCACUGGCCAGCCCUGCUGCGUGCCGAAAGCCGUGCAUACGCGGACAUCCUGCUCUGGGCUUUUGACGACACUUUCUUCAACCUAACGCUCAAGGAGAUCCACUUUCUGGCCUGGGCCUCGGCCUACUGUCCCGAGGUGCGCUUCGUUUUUAAGGGCGACGCAGAUGUGUUUGUGCACGUGGGAAACCUGCUGGAGUUCCUGGCGCCGCGGGACCCGGCGCAGGACCUGCUUGCGGGUGACGUGAUUGUGCAGGCUCGGCCAAUCCGCGCGCGGGCUAGCAAAUACUACAUCCCAGAGGCUGUGUAUGGCUUGCCCGCCUACCCGGCCUACGCAGGUGGUGGUGGCUUUGUGCUUUCAGGGGUUACGCUGCGUCGCCUGGCCGGCGCCUGUGCACAGGUUGAGCUUUUUCCCAUUGACGACGUCUUUCUGGGCAUGUGUCUACAGCGCCUUCGGCUCACACCGGAACCUCACCCUGCUUUCCGCACCUUUGGCAUCCCUCGUCCUUCAGCGGCGCCGCACCUGCGCACCUUUGACCCCUGCUUUUACCGAGAGCUAGUUGUAGUGCACGGGCUCUCGGCGGCCGACAUCUGGCUUAUGUGGCGCCUGCUGAACGGGCCCCAUGGCCCAGCCUGUGCGCGUCCUUGGCCUGCUGCUGCUGGCUCUUUCCGGUGGGACUCCUAAGUAACUUCAUGGCCCCAAGAUCCCCUUCAUUCAGACCCAGGAUAAUUAUUGCCGUGUAUGUAAUUCUCUCCCGGAGGCUGAAGAGUUCAAACUCUAGCCCCAUUUCACCAGGAAUUGGCCUCUACGGGGCCCCAAGGAACUAAGAUUGUGCUUGGCUCCUGCUGGCCUGGAACCAUUCGAAAAGUAGUCCUUUGAGACAGCCAGGGCUGAGGCCAUAGAGCACCAGGCUCUGCCAAACAGGGACAUGUUUGGUCCUCCUACUACCAAAUAGGUUUUGGGGAGCUGGGAUGGGUGGUGGUAAGAGGCUCACGUAAUCUGACCCUAGUCCUUGGUUUGGAGGCCCUAGAAUGCUGCAGAUGCAGUUUUUUGUUUUUUUCUCCAAGGCUGGAGGAGGUGUGGGGGCCUGGCCUCGGUCCUCCAGGCAGGCAUUUGGCUUCCCACCUGCGCCUCCAAAUCAGAUUUUCAGCCCUGGGCAGAUCUUUAAAUCUUCUGAGGUCUAUCCUGAAGCCAACCCCUCCUGGGCCCUGGUCUGGCUGGAACACCAGGGACAGAGGCACACAGGGAUAGCUGAGUGCAUGGUCCCACCUAGAGUCUCCCCACUGCAGAACUUUCACCCAUACAACAAUGCCAGUCUCCUACUAGAGGCUAUGCUGCCCCACUCAGAGGAGCCAAAGAACCUAAGAUAAAGCUACCACCAUAAAAGUACCCAUAUUCUUCAACCACCCAGUUUCUCAAAAAUCAACACCCCAUGUUUAUUUUAGUACAAACAUCCCAGCAACAGCACGUGGUAAGCCGCUGCUGAGGGCAUAGGCCUUUAUUGGAGGGGUAUGGGCAGGGCAUGAGGAAGGUUCCCCUAUUCUAGGAGGAUGGGAAUAGUCCUUGCUGCCCCAACAGUGGGAUGUAAUGUGGGCUGGGGGGAGGGGGGGUCCUCCGGCCAGGCCACAGUCCAAAUAGGAAGACAUCAGUCAGUCACAAAGUUAUGGGAGCGCCACACAAGCCUGGCUGUAACCCAGGAACCACUUAGGAGCCUGGGGCAGGUCCCCUGCACAUUCAUUGUUAAACUCUACAGGAUGAGGCUGUACAUGAGUUAAUUACAAAAGAGUCAUAUUUACAAAAAUAUGUACACACAUUUGAAAAACUCACAAAAUUGUCAUCUAUGUAUCACAAGUUGCUAGACCAAAAUAUUAAAAAUGGGAUAAA